AUGCAAAAUUUCCUCGAGCGCUCAGCAUCCGAAGAUGAUUCCAUCCUCUCCGAUUCAGGCUAUGCGCAUUCUCCCGCUCGCUCGCCGUUAGCAACGUCAGGGCUCCCUGACCCUUCUAUAUAUCCUGAUCCAUACCCCAAUCGACCUCCCCGAUGGCAGCAUGGUUCAACGACUCCUGCGCUAUCAUCUGGGGAUUCGUCAACGGCAUCAACACGUUCUUCGGCGUAUACCAACUCCGCGCGCUCGGGCGAAUAUGGGCACGUCCAUGUGGUGUCGGGCGAGGGCGAUCUUGGCGUUAGCACUGGCAUCAACACAGAUGAUGUGGCCCAGCGGUUAGCCCGCGGCGCGGGCUCCUCAUCCUCUCUGCAGGGCAGAACACCGUUCGAUCAGAGCCGCUGGUCGGAUCCGUACGCUAACAGCGUCCGAUCUCGCUCCUCUUCGGUUGGCAACAGGAACGAUUCCAUUCAUGAGGGUGCGUUUCGGGUGUUGCGUGCCACGCCAAGCUUCGAUAUGAGUUGGCAGGUAUCUGUAGAUGAGAGAGACGAGGCUGGGCUGGGGAGCGAAGAUGAUAUGACCGAUGAGGAUGGUUGUCUGGACGAUGACGAUCAGGAGGAUGAAGUGGACCAACCGACCAGCGCUGCACUUAUCGCCGAGGAAGGGCGCGGCAUCAUCGUACGAGGAGAUGAUGUGCCGAUUGUCAGACUCCAGGCUAAACCGGGUACGACUCACUUACUUAUUGGAUCGUCCAGAACUGCAAACGCCAUCCCGUCCUUUCUCUCUAGUACCCUGCCAAUCAUCAGCAAUACCCUCCUUGCUCUCGAUAUAUCUGCAAACUUUCUUGAGGCAAUUCCACCAACGCUCGCGGGUUGUGUGAACCUGGAAGAGCUCAAUAUCGCAUCUAAUCCUCUCCGUGCACUCCCAGAAUUCCUUUCUAGAUUGACGUCUCUGCGCCUACUCAUUGUGGAUUCCACGGGGAUCGGCACGCUGCCGGAGUCAUUAUGUACCCUCGACAAGCUUCACACUCUCAGCAUGAGGAGGAACAAGCUCAACUUCUUACCUAGCUGGCUGUGCCUUCUGCCAUCUCUAGAGACGCUUCUGGUCGACGGCAACCCGUUCCAAGGCCCUUGGAGGGCACUCAUGGAGCCUUUGCUAGCCACGGUCCCUAUGACGCCUCUUUAUCCUCCGUCUACUCCAAUGCUCCCUCUUCCAUCCGCCAGUGCCGGUAGUACUAACACCGAGCCUGAUGGCGACGAUCUCUGUGGGAAUGCUUGGCCUGACGGUGAUGGGCAGUUGCCACCUGGUCCGGAAGAGGAGGACACGGUCACAACCGCAUGUGCGCCUCAACUUGCACGUUCCGCCACGGCACCCGUCCCCGUACCACCUGGCGAUGGUGCUUCUCACAGACUCUCGCGGACGCGCACGACGCCCAACAAAGCUCACUUCGAAAAGCAUAGAGGAACGAGCCGCUCCGUCACUGCUUCCGACGGGCCUCCUCUGCCUACGACAUCGAAGGUUACACAGGCCUCGACCUCAUCUGGGGACAAGGAAGUCAGGAAGAUGAAGAGCGCAGGAGAGUUGAGGAGGAAACAUGCCAACACAGUACAAGGGUCAUCAGUGUCAGCGACCCCGUCGCCGCUGAGGGCCGCUAUGUCCGAAUACGUGACCUCUGCCUCAAGCUCAGAUCUGCUCAAUGCUGCCUCGCCGCGUGGUAGUCAAGUAUUGCCAAAGCGCUUUGCGAGUCUCGGUGUAGCAUCUGCUUCUUCGUCGUCCCAUCCGAACCGACCGCCACUGUCUCCGGACGGUAGCUUUUGGGAUAGCACCCCCAUCGACGAGGACGACAUCCUGGGCGAGGAACAGGGCAAUACCAUGUCCAGGAGGUCAGCUCUGCCCCGAGAUCAUACGCAUGCCCCUCAAACAGAACCAAACAGUCCCGCCCUUUCCCAACUUCCUUCUCUCCCGCCCAAGGAAGAACGGGAGAAAACUCGUCGAUGGGGUUUCCUCAAGAAGAUGUCGAUGGGCAAGAUGAGAUCAGAUUCAACAGCUAGGCUUCCUGCUCAAGGUCGACCGCAUGCAUCCUCAUUUGCGAGGCCACCGUUGUCAAGAUCUGCGAGCGUCACCCCCGGUGUUCCGCAGAUUGACGUCCGAAUUUCGACGACAGGAGCAUUAUUGAACCCUCCGCAAUCGCUCACUACUACACCGCCAGAUGGAUCAGCUCCUACUGUCUUCAGACAACCUUCAAUGGACUUCCAUCCACCAAGGCUUCCACAGAAGCCUUCUAUGGAUGCUUUGAAAGUCCAAAUCAGUAGUUCAUCCUCGAACUUGCUCGCGCCUUCGCCUACGCCUCGCAGCAAUAAACGUAGGAGUUUCCUACCCGUUGACAUGUCUCCGAUUCCCAUACCUGCUGCAUCGACUUUCGUUACUGGUGUGACGGCAUCAAAUGGUCCCGAUGAUGAGCUCGAGGAACCGAGGCACUAUCCUCCAAGCCCGAUACCGAAGGAUACGACGGAGGAGCUGCAUCGCCGCGAAAUGGAGAGAGCGCGAGAAGCACGAAUACGCGCAUUGCGUUCCGUCAUGGCAUAUCUCAGAGAUAUGCAUGAUCUCAGCUUGUCGCACACGGCUGCUGCUGGCCUAGAGCCCCCCAGCGCACCGCGAUCGCGAAGACCGACUAUGGUGGAUGGUGGUCGGUUACCAUCAGAUAGUUCGCUCAGUUCCGUCAGCUCCAUACCGCCGGUACCAUCACGGCCGGAGUCAACGGCACAACUGCGUUCGCCCGAAUCACGUAUUGGCUCGCGCAGUGGUAGCACUACUCAAACUAAUAGCGUCGCGACCACAGACAGUAGCGGUUCCGGCAGUGGUGAGGAGCGGAAGUAUAAGAAUGAUAGAGCAAAGCGCGCUCGCAUCAUACGCGAAAUUGUAGAGACCGAACGGACGUACGUCAAGGGGUUACAGGAACUUGUUGACAUCUACAUCACUCCGGCGGCUGUUCCGGUGAACGUGCUGAGUGGCGUUGGACAGAAACAAGAAACGCUCGUCCCGGCUGCGGAGCGUAAGAUCGUGUUUGGCGGGUUGGAAUCCUUGUUCUCUUUCCAUAAAGAAAGCUUUCUUCCAGCACUCGAACGCGCUACUGCUCCAGUACUGGUUCCUUCUGAGGACUUGUUCUUAACGGAUGCUGACGGCUACCUGUCAUUGGACGUCGCCAUGAAAGUGGCUCAGACGUUCGUUUCGCACGCAGCUUUCAUGAAGAUGUACUCAACCUACAUAAAUAAUUUCGAUAACUCAGUGCAGAGAAUCAGGGCAUGGACCUCGGAUAAUAAACAGGCCACAGCCGCUGGGCAGACAUUGUCGCCUUCAUCUAGCAGUGCUCAGCUCAGCAUUGCAGGGAUAUCCGUGGGCACUGCAGGUGCUGGCGCGGACAGUGCAUCAACUCUUGCCAUUUCAACACUGACGUCGGGUCAAAGGAAACGGAUCAAGGCAUAUCUCAAACGGUGUCGCAUGAACCCGAGACAUUCCCAGCUCAACCUAGAAGGAUAUCUUCUUCUCCCUGUGCAACGUAUUCCACGGUAUCGAUUGCUGUUAGAGGAGCUCGUCAGAAGUAGUCCUCCCAUGUAUGAUUACGUGGAUGAUCCUCUCGAACGGGCAUUGGCCGAGAUAUCUUCUCUAGCCAACAGCAUGAACGAAGGCAAGCGGGAAUCUGAGUCACGGAGAAGGCUAGUACAAUGGCAGUCGCGGAUCCGGGGAAAGUUUCCCAGUCCACUGGUCCAACCCCAUAGACGUCUGAUCAUGGACGGUCCGUUGCAGCUUAAGCGCGUGGUUCGCAAGGCCACAGUGUCCUUCCCAGUAAUAAAUGCUCAAGGCGACUCCUCGGAAGUGCAAAUAGAAUGCUUGUCGCCAGAGCUUACCCCGCGUUCACUGAUUGGGAUCCUGUGCAACGAUCUAUUGGUCUUGUGCAGAGACUCGUCAGACGGACAGGGUCCUAGUUCUUCUGUGGAUCUUUGGGCUGUGCUGCGGAUGCAGACUUUGCCACAACCAGCGAGCAUCGUGCACGGCAAUGCUCUACGCUUAGUGGAUAAUAAGGCCAUAUUAUAUUUUGAGGCGCCGUCGACGUCGGACGCCUUAACGUGGUUUAGAGCUAUCAACCAACAUAUCCCUGCAUCAAAAGCAUGA